GACAUUAGUAGUGUGGGACCAGUUAGCUUAACCAUCCCUCUCAGAACAGGAGCUACUCAGUGAUCACAAGAACAGCCAGGAUGCCACUUGAAUGGGUGAUACCAUGGCUCACCCUCUGCCUUGGACUAUCUGCAGAGGCCUCUGUAAUGGUUCAGGCGAUGACCAAAAUGCCAGUAAUUACAGAAAUGACUCACUCUCACGACCAGUACUGCAGUACAUGGGGAAAUUACCAUUAUAAGACCUUCGAUGGAGAUUUCUUCCAGCUCCCCUACACUUGCAACUACCUCCUUGUGUCCCAGUGUAAAGACAACUAUGAGGAAUUCAAUAUUCAGCUCCAACGGCAGGAGAUAGAUGGGGUGACCACCAUCAAGAAGGUCACUAUGAAAUUGAGUGGGGUCAUUGUGGAAUUAGCAAAGACUUCCAUCAAAGUCAAUGAGAAAUUUGUCACUAUACCAUUCAGCCAGGUUGGCAUUUCAAUUAGAAGAACUGUCUCCUAUGUCAAAAUCAAGGCAAAGCUGGGUUUGGUCAUCAUGUGGAAUGAAGAAGACUCCCUCUGGGUUGAGCUGGAUAAAAAAUUCAAGAAUCAGACCUGUGGCCUGUGUGGUGACUUCAACGGAGUCCAGAUUUAUGAUGAGUUCAUCAAAUCAGGGGUUUCUAUAACUCCUGAUAAUUAUGGGGAUGUUUGGAAAGUCAAUGGUCCUACUGAAAGCUGUGAAGAAAUCCCUACAGCCACACAGACCUGUGCAAAUCAGAAAGACCUCUGUGAGACCCUGCUGUCAGAACCUGCAUUCCUCAGCUGUCAAGACCUGAUGGAUACUGACUCCUUCGUCAAAGCCUGUAUGAAGGACCUGUGCUACUGUAACAGCAGCAGUACUUCAUGCUUGUGUUCAACCAUAUCAGAGUAUUCCCGCCAGUGCGCUCAUGCAGGCGGGAAACCACAGCAAUGGAAGACCGCACAGUGUGCAAAAACAUGCCCUUUCAACAUGGAGUAUAAGGAAUGCGAUAGUCCUUGUAUUGACACCUGCAGCAACCCCCAGAGAAGCCAUGUGUGUGACGAUCACUGCGUAGAUGGAUGCUUCUGUCCAUCUGGGACUGUCUUUGACGACAUAACACGAAGUGGGUGUAUUGCUGUUGACCAGUGCUCUUGCUUACACGACGGCAAUCCAUACAAACCAGGGGAAUCAUACUCAAGUCCAUGUAAACAAUGCACCUGUACCCAGGGUCAUUGGAAAUGUAAGGAUACAGACUGUCCUGGUAUCUGCUCCGUACUGGGUGGCUCCCACAUCUCCACCUAUGAUGAUAAAACAUAUACUUUCCAUGGAGACUGCUCUUAUGUCCUCUCCAAGGAAACUAAUGGGACAUUCAGUGUCCUUGGUGACCUGGUCAAAUGUGAAAAAUCAGAUAAAUCAACUUGCCUUGCUGCAGUCACUGUACAGCUGCCUAAUCAAAUGAUGAUUGUAGUUGAAGCCAACGGACAGGUUUUUUAUAACAAACUAUUCUCUCAACUGCCUCUUUUCAUGGAUAACAUCACAGUCUUCAGUCCAUCGACAUUCUUCAUUGUAAUUUACACCACCUAUGGGCUUAAUCUUGAGAUUCAGCUCACACCCAUUAUGCAAGUCUACAUCAAAGCCAGUGUUUCCAAUAAAGGAAAACUCAGCGGCCUUUGUGGAGAUUUUAAUGAUGUGGAAGUUGAUGACUUCAGAACCACAAAUGGAUUGAUUGAGGGAACGGCUGGGACAUUUGCUAACACAUGGAAGACCAAGUCAAACUGCCCUGAUGUGACAACCACACAUAGGGACCCCUGCAUUUUGAGUGUAGACAAUGAGAAAUAUGCCAAACACUGGUGCUCCAUGCUGUCAGACCCAGAAGGGAUUUUCUCUCAGUGCCAUUCUACAAUAAACCCAGGAGACUAUCAAGCUUCUUGUAUUUAUGACACCUGCAUCUGUGAAAACAGUGAGGAGUGCAUGUGUGCUGCCAUAUCCUCCUAUGUCCACGCAUGUGCUGCUGAAGGUGUCUUAAUGGAUGGAUGGAGGGACACCACGUGCCAGAAAUACACGGAUGGCUGCCCUUCUACUUUUGUGUAUGGCUACCAAAUGACAAGCUGUGGUCGCACCUGUCGCUCUCUUAGUCAGUCAGACUCAACAUGUGAGGUUGAAUUUACCCCGCUUGAUGGCUGCGGCUGUGCUGAAGGAACUUACCUAAAUGAGAAGGGAGAGUGUGUGUCAGCCUCACAAUGCCCCUGUCAUGUGGGAGACACUGUGCUACCCCCCAGGCACAAUGCCAUGGUCCACGGACAAACUUGCUCCUGCUACAGUGGAGUACUAAGCUGUUCAGGAACCCCCAUAAGUGAAUCAUGCACCAAUCCAAUGGUUUUCUUCAACUGCUCAAACGCAAAGCCAGGUGUCACAGGAUCCGAGUGCCAAAAAAGCUGCCAAACACUGGACACAGAAUGCGUCAGUGCACAGUGUAUGUCAGGCUGUGUAUGUCCUGCUGGCCUGCUGUCAGAUGGUAAGGGAAACUGUAUUGAGGAGGAGCACUGCCCCUGCACAUAUAAUGGAGAAUCCUAUAAUUCUGGACAGACUGUCACUGUGAACUGCAAUACCUGCACUUGCAAAAGCAGAAAAUGGGAAUGUACAGAUCAAGAGUGUGAUGGAACCUGUACCAUAUAUGGAGAAGGGCAUUACAUCACUUUUGAUGAAAAGAAAUUCUCCUUUAAUGGGGACUGUGGCUACAUCUUCACUCAGGAUUACUGUGGGGACGAUAUGACUGGCACCUUCAGGGUCCUGACUGAGAGCAUCCCAUGUGGAACAACUGAAAGCAUCUGCUCCACUGCUAUCAAGCUCUACUUAGGGAACAAUGAAAUCAUUCUUUCAGAUGAAAAUAUCAGAGUUAUCAAACAAAGCAAAGGGAAGGACAUACCCUAUAAAGUCCACACUAUGGGUAUUUAUCUUGUCAUUGAGGCAAAUAAUGGUCUUGUUCUCAUUUGGAAUAAGAAGACAACACUCAUGAUCAAACUCAGCUCUAUAUUCAAGGGAAAAGUCUGUGGUUUGUGUGGGAAUUAUGAUGGGAAUAUCAAGAACGAUUUCACCACCAGAAACAAAGAAGUUGUGGUUGAAGCCCUUGAGUUUGGAAACAGCUGGAAAGUGUCACCUACCUGCCCUGAUGCAAAUGCACUAAAAAAUCCCUGCAGUCUGUACUCAUACAGGCAGGCAUGGGCAUUAAAACACUGCAGCAUUGUCAACAGUGAAGUAUUUGCUAGUUGCCAUUCAAAGGUGGAUCCAAAAAACUAUCAUGAUGCCUGUGUGAGUGACACAUGUGCCUGCAACACAGGAGGAGAUUGUGAGUGUUUUUGCUCAGCUGUAGCAGCCUACGCAGCAGCCUGUAACAAGGCCGGAGCCUGCGUGAAAUGGAGAACUCCCACAAUCUGCCCUCUGUUCUGUGAUUUUUACAACCCUGAUGGAGAGUGUGAAUGGCACUAUGAGUCUUGUGGAAAACCAUGCAUGAAGACAUGCAGGAAUCCCUCAGGAAUGUGCUACAAUCAAAUUCCAGCAUUAGAAGGCUGCUAUCCAAGUUGCCCGCCUGAACGCUCUUAUUUGGAAGAAGUUACCAUGAAGUGUGUGUCAAAGGAAGAAUGUGGCUGCUAUGAUAACGAAGGGAAACAUUAUAAAGACAAGGAGACUAUACCUACAGACACCAUCUGUUACAAGUGUUCUUGUUCUUCAACCAAGGUGGAGUGCAUCUAUGAUGAAGAUUGCCCUUGUUUCUAUGAAGGACGUGUAUACAAGAAAGGAGAUAUAGUCUAUGAAACACAUGAUGGAGAUGGAACCUGUUUCAUUGCUGUUUGUGGAGAAAAUGGAAUUAUUAUGAGAAUCAUGAAGGAAUGCCCUACAACCACCCCGAAACCAACAACAACAGUCUUUAUUUUUCAAACAACGACAACCACAGGAAAUACCAUCGCAACAACAACUAUAACGUCUUCCACUCCAAGUGUUACAAGUGAAGCUGUAACAACCAUUCAGACCUUCUCAACACCAGGUUCGACAAGGUCUACAACAACAGAAGUACCUACAUCCUCAAUCACCAUCUCUACAAUCCCUGACUGCUUUGUUUGUCAGUGGUCAGGUUGGAGCAACAAUCAUUACCCUGACAGUGACCCUGACACUCCAAAUGGUGGAGACUAUGAAACCAUUGAAAAAAUUACUGACCCAGAUUUGAGUGUUUGCAGAAAACCUCUGGAAAUAGAAUGUAGAGCAAAGCAAUACCAAGAUGUGACUUUGAAUGAACUAGGUCAAAACGUAACAUGCGAUCCAAAAGUUGGAUUGAUCUGUCAUAACAAAGACCAAGGUCUACUUUCUAUUUGUUAUGACUAUGAAAUACUGGUCAAAUGUUGCGUUUACACUUGUGAGACUACAACAACAAUUACACCAUCACCAACAACAACAACCUCUGAAAAACCCACCACUUCAGCAACAACAGAAAUUGCAACCACAGGAUUCACAGAAACGCCCAUUACUACUGCUCUUCCAACAACUGGUAAACCCACCACAACAACCACAAUCACAGAAAAACCCACGACAACCACACAAAAUCCCACCACCUCAUCAACGACAGAAAAGGCAACCACAGGAUUCACAGAAACGCCCAUUACUACUGCUCUUACAACAACUGGUAAACCCACCACAACAACCACAAUCACAGAAAAAUUCACGACAACCACAGAAAAUCCCACCACCUCAUCAACAACAGAAAAGGCAACCACAGGAUUCACAGAAACGCCCAUUACUACUGCUCUUACAACAACUGUUAAACCCACCACAACAACCACAAUCACAGAAAAACCCACGACAACCACAGGAAAGACCAUCACAAUAACAACUCUAACAUCUCCCACUGCAAGUGUUACAACAAGGUCUACAACAACAGAAGUACCUACAUCCUCAAUCACCAUCUCUACAAUCCCUGACUGCUUUGUUUGUCAGUGGUCAGGUUGGAGCAACAAUCAUUACCCUGACAGUGACCCUGACACUCCAAAUGGUGGAGACUAUGAAACCAUUGAAAAAAUUACUGACCCAGAUUUGAGUGUUUGCAGAAAACCUCUGGAAAUAGAAUGUAGAGCAAAGCAAUACCAAGAUGUGACUUUGAAUGAACUAGGUCAAAACGUAACAUGCGAUCCAAAAGUUGGAUUGAUCUGUCAUAACAAAGACCAAGGUCUACUUUCUAUUUGUUAUGACUAUGAAAUACGAGUCAAAUGUUGCGUUUACACUUGUGAGACUACAACAACAAUUACACCAUCACCAACAACAACAACCUCUGAAAAACCCACCACUUCAGCAACAACAGAAAUUGCAACUACAGGAUUCACAGAAACGCCCAUUACUACUGCUCUUCCAACAACUGGUAAACCCACCACAACAACCACAAUCACAGAAAAACCCACGACAACCACACAAAAUCCCACCACCUCAUCAACGACAGAAAAGGCAACCACAGGAUUCACAGAAACGCCCAUUACUACUGCUCUUACAACAACUGGUAAACCCACCACAACAACCACAAUCACAGAAAAAUUCACGACAACCACACAAAAUCCCACCACCUCAUCAACAACAGAAAAGGCAACCACAGGAUUCACAGAAACGCCCAUUACUACUGCUCUUACAACAACUGGUAAACCCACCACAACAACCACAAUCACAGAAAAACCCACGACAACCACACAAAAUCCUCCCACCUCAUCAACGACAGAAAAGGCAACCACAGGAUUCACAGAAACGCCCAUUACUACUGCUCUUACAACAACUAAAAAAGCCACAACAACCCCUGAAGUUGUUACAAAUACAGUGGUUACAACAGCAUUAACACGACAAGUGGUUAGUAAUAACACAACACACACAACAGCCACAGAAAAAUCCACCACAUUCACAAAAAAACCCACGACAACCACACAAAAUCCCACCACCUCAUCAACAACAGAAAAGGCAACCACAGGAUUCACAGAAACGCCCAUUACUACUGCUCUUACAACAACUGUUAAACCCACCACAACAACCACAAUCACAGAAAAACCCACGACAACCACACAAAAUCCCCCCACCUCAUCAACGACAGAAAAGGCAACCACAGGAUUCACAGAAACGCCCAUUACUACUGCUCUUACAACAACUGGUAAACCCACCACAACAACCACAAUCACAGAAAAACCCACGACAACCACACAAAAUCCUCCCACCUCAUCAACGACAGAAAAGGCAACCACAGGAUUCACAGAAACGCCCAUUACUACUGCUCUUACAACAACUGUUAAACCCACCACAACAACCACAAUCACAGAAAAACCCACGACAACCACACAAAAUCCCACCACCUCAUCAACGACAGAAAAGGCAACCACAGGAUUCACAGAAACGCCCAUUACUACUGCUCAUACAACAACUGGUAAACCCACCACAACAACCACAAUCACAGAAAAAUUCACGACAACCACACAAAAUCCCACCACCUCAUCAACAACAGAAAAGGCAACCACAGGAUUCACAGAAACGCCCAUUACUACUGCUCUUACAACAACUGGUAAACCCACCACAACAACCACAAUCACAGAAAAAUUCACGACAACCACACAAAAUCCCACCACCUCAUCAACAACAGAAAAGGCAACCACAGGAUUCACAGAAACGCCCAUUACUACUGCUCUUACAACAACUGGUAAACCCACCACAACAACCACAAUCACAGAAAAACCCACGACAACCACACAAAAUCCUCCCACCUCAUCAACGACAGAAAAGGCAACCACAGGAUUCACAGAAACGCCCAUUACUACUGCUCUUACAACAACUAAAAAAGCCACAACAACCCCUGAAGUUGUUACAAAUACAGUGGUUACAACAGCAUUAACACGACAAGUGGUUAGUAAUAACACAACACACACAACAGCCACAGAAAAAUCCACCACAUUCACAAAAAAACCCACGACAACCACACAAAAUCCCACCACCUCAUCAACAACAGAAAAGGCAACCACAGGAUUCACAGAAACGCCCAUUACUACUGCUCUUACAACAACUGUUAAACCCACCACAACAACCACAAUCACAGAAAAACCCACGACAACCACAGAAAAUCCCCCCACCUCAUCAAUGACAGAAAAGACCACUCUUGAAACACCAACUGUAACACCAUGUUCCUGCAAGUACAUGGAUAAUAUUUUCUCUCCUGGUACCUUCAUGUACAAUAAGACUGAUGGAGCAGGCUGGUGUUUCACUGCAUAUUGCAAUUUGACAUGCAAUGUUGAGAAGCUUGCUAGACCAUGUCACUCUACUACUCCACCAACUCCUACCAGUACAAUUUCAGUAGAGAAGCCCAAGGAAAACUGUUCAUAUCUCAAUCCACCUAGAAAGCAUGGUGAGUCCUGGAGUUCAAACAAAUGCGCCACAGAAAAAUGUGACGAUGGAAGAGUAAUAACAGAACAUGUGUCAUGUAACUCAGUGACCAUGCCUGUAUGUGAAAAUGGGCAGCCACCAGUUAGGGUUUAUGAUAAAGCAGGCUGCUGUUUCCACUACGACUGCAGAUGUUUUUGCGGUGGCUGGGGAGAUCCUCAUUAUUUGACAUUUGAUGGCCAGUAUUACAGCUUCCAGAAAAACUGCACAUAUGUCUUGGUCAAAGAGAUCAUUCCUCGACACAAUUUUAAGAUUCUUAUCGACAACGAAAACUGUGAUGCCUCUGGAACUGUGACCUGUGCUAAAGCCUUGAUCGUGUAUUACAAAAACUAUGAAGUUAUUCUUACACAGAAGAGAACCCCAAAGACUGUGAACAUGGUGUACGUCAACAGAAAGCAGGUAUUGCCAACCUACUCUAAUGAUGACUUCACCAUAACAAGUACAGUAAUUGAGCUGCUUUUGAAAAUCCCGGCAAUUGAAGCAGUUGUGACGUUCAAGGGGCUUUUAUUCAACGUUGACUUGCCAUUUUCCCUUUUCCACAACAACACAGAGGGACAGUGUGGUACCUGUGACAAUAACAGGAAAAAUGACUGUAGAUUACCAAAUGGCCAGAUUAAUCCCUCGUGUUCUGAGAUGGGACAGUGGCAUGUACAAGAUGACAAUAAGCCAUAUUGUGAGAAGCCACCGACACCGCCACCGCCACAGCGAUCAACAUCACCACCGACACCAACACCGCCAUCAACAUCACCACCGACACCAACAUCUACAAGAGGCUGCAAACCUGAUAUUUGUGAAAUUUUGAACAGCAAGGUGUUUGAGGAAUGCCACAAAGUAAUCGCACCAGAACCCUUUUAUGAGGCCUGUAAAUUUGAUGUUUGCCGCACAAAUUCCACCGUCGGUUGUUCCAGUCUGGGGGUGUACGCCUUGAUGUGUGCUCAAGCGUCUGUCUGUGUAUCCUGGAGGGGUGCUACAAAUGGAGUGUGUGAGUAUAAAUGUCCAGAAAAUAAAAUCUACAAGCCUUGUGGACCAACUGUUUUACAGACUUGCAAUGCAAGAUACAAUGAGAAGUAUACACAACAAUGCCAGGGAGCAAUUGGCAGCGAAAACCAAGCUUGUAAUGAAUUCAUGGAGGGAUGUUUCUGCCCAGAGGGGAAGAUUUUGUUCAGUUCACAAUCUGACAUCUGUGUCUCCUCCUGUUGCACUGGACCUGAUGGCCAACCUAAAAACGUUGGUGAGACUUGGAAGAGUGGCUGUCAGCAGUGUAACUGUAAUAAGGACACUAUGAGUGUUCAGUGUGAGCCUCUCACAUGUCCCACUCCAGAACCAAUAAUCUGUCCCAAGGAAGGUGAGGUGUUGGUGAACCGCACAGUGGACUGCUGUAACAGACUGACAUGUGAAUGUGAUAAGAACCGCUGUUUGUUGCCAACACAGUGCAAACUGGGAUUUGAGUUGGAGAUCCACAUCUCAAAUGAGAGUUGCUGCCCCUCUUAUCACUGCGUACCCAAAGGCGUCUGCAUCUUCAAUGAUACUGAGUACAAGCCCGGUAUGGAUUUCUCCAAAAGCCCAUGUGAACUAUGCCGCUGUACUGAAACUCAGGAUCCCAAGAGCAUGUUGAAUGACAUUGAAUGUCAUCUGAUACAGUGUAAAACACUGUGUGCAGAGGGCUAUGUGUAUGAAAACCAACCUGGACAAUGUUGUGGAUCGUGUAAAAAGACAAGUUGUGUUUUGGAAGUCCCAGGCUUCACUUCUCCGAUCAUUAUUGAACCUUCUCAGUCUUGGUCACCACCAAAUGACAACUGUAUCACGUAUGACUGCCAGAAGGUGAAGGAUGAGUUCAUAACCUCUAAACACCAAGUAACAUGUCCUGAAUAUGAUCCAAAGAACUGCGUUCCUGGAACUGAACAAAGUGACAAGAACGGUUGUUGCAAAACUUGUACCCCUCGUCACAACUGUCAAAUGAACAGGACCACCACCUAUCUGCAGACAAAGAACUGCAAGUCAGUUGUGCCAGUGGAAAUCACAGCCUGUGAGGGAUCCUGUGGAGCAUCCUCAUCAAUGUACUCCGCGGAGAACAACAGAUUGAUGCAUUCAUGCUCAUGCUGUCAAGAAAUGGCCACCAGUAAGAAGGAGGUGAAGAUGAUCUGCACCGAUGGCAGGAAGACAAAGCACACCUACAUUUCAGUUGACCAGUGUGGUUGCCAAGUCGCUGAAUGUCCUAAGAACACCAGUGAUUCUAAAGAAAACUAAGUUUAAAUGAAAUUCUGACUAUUAUACUUUUAGAGACCAUUAGAGAAUCAAGACUCAAUAUGUGAAGACAACCAAAGAUACAUGUCUAUGUAUUCAGGUGCCCCAAAUAAGGGCAAAUAAGUUAAACCUUUUAAACAGCAGAGAUGUUAUGGUCUGAAAGUUCCUACACCUCUGGAAAUUGGCUCUGUGUACUCUGACAAUACUUGUCAUCACUUUCUCAUUUAUUGGCAUUGGGCAUGUCCGCAUAGUGCCCCAUGAUGACAGCACAUAUUUGUGUCAUGGUGGCUCUUUUAGCUUUUGAAGAGGUAGUUCCUUUAUAUAAACUUUACAAUUUGGUGUUUUCAGUCUUAGAGGGUGUUUCUUUUCAUUUUACUGUAAAUGUCUUAAGAGAUUAAAAGACACAAGAAAAGGGCUUAAAAAAUACAGUACAUUUUAGCAAUGUGUUCACUGACUUGUUCUUUUCAAACUAUCCAACAUGUGAUUGUCUUCAAUGUCAUUAAAAACUCACAGGUUUACUGAU